GGGAAGUGGCUCUUGGUGAUGGAGAACUUUUUGAUGUUGAUGAGAGUUCAAGUGAGAGUGAGUGACAGACUGGAAGUUGAUAGCAAACAAACUCUACACAUCAACACAAUACACAUACCUCAAGAUUCUCAUUCAAUCUCGCAACCAGUCCAAGUGAACCGUCAAAAGGGUUCAUUUUUCCAAGAAACUCUUUCAAGCUACCACACCUCAAGAAACUCACCACAAAAUAAUCCAUCAUGGGUGACAAGCAUCUCAACGAGCUCCUCAAAUGGAGCAUCGAAAACCAAGAAGCCAGCGAGAACGGCGCCUCAGCACCCGCCGCCGACGCCACAGCCGCAAGAGCGCCCGCCAGCACCCUCAACCCGGAAGCCAUCGCCGCCCUCUUCGGCAAUGGCCCCAGCGACGCCGAGCUCAUGAAGCUCUCCAUGGAGGCAAUCACCUCUCCGGACCCGGAAAUCACCCUCGACAACAAGCUCAUCGCCUUUGACAACUUUGAGCAGCUCAUCGAGAACCUCGACAACGCGAACAACAUCGCCAACCUCGGCCUCUGGACCCCGCUGCUCUCCUGCCUCGAGCACGAGGCCCACGAGCUGCGCCGCAUGGCCGCCUGGUGCGUCGGCACCGCCGUCCAGAAUAACCUGCCCAGUCAGGAGCGCCUGCUUGCCGUGGGCGGCAUUCCGCCCCUCGUCGCGCUCGCGACCAAGGACGGCGAGCAGGAGGCCGUGAGGAGGAAGGCUGUAUAUGCGCUCAGCUCCGCCGUACGGAACUACCAGCCCGGCGCGGACGUUCUUACCGAUGAGCUGCAGAAGAAGGGCCUGCGUAACGGCAAGGUUGAUGCUGAGAACAUGGACGACAUUGAUGAGAUUAUGAACGCGCUCAAGGCCAAGAUUACGGCAUAGAGAGAAAAGGAGUGCGAGAAAAGGAUGGGCUUUGGGGAGGAUUUGGUAUGGUUAACUUGCAUGGACGGCGUUUCGGCGGGUGGUUCGGCAUGAGGGUUCUUUUGACGUAC